GCUUUAUCAGACAACGCUGCAAGCUUCCUCAUUUUUCAAGGGGAAACACUGUGACUUUCUUAUCUUAUCGCACGGGACUUUUUUCGUGUUCUGUCCGUCUUGAUAUUUGAAAAGUAAACGCUUGGACUGAAUGGUGUUCACAAUUUCGUUUGUCUGCGGUAAAGUGUCUCGUAGAAUUUCAUCGUAAAAUAAAAGUACAGUUAUUUGGUGUUGCAUUUCGGAAUGGCACAGCAAAACCAACACAACAACGAGCUGGGUGGAUUUGCAAAUCCUCAAUUUGUUUUGAUAAAUGGCGUUUUUUGGAAUUCCAACCAAACCAGGAGGUAUAUUCAAGGACAAGUUUGGCUUAACGAAUUUACAGAUAUUCUGCUCCGAUGUUUACUGCAAAUUUCGGGCAAGAGACCCAUGUGGAAAGGACCCAUUCCUCUUGAAGAAAAGGGUUCGGGGGAAAUUUUGCGUUACGCAGAAAAGGCUGAAGACUUACACAAUCAUUCGCCCGUGAUCGUCGCAAGGGACUUUUACAAAAUAAGAUUACAAAGAAACAUAAUGACUCACGAAGUCAGAAAGUGGAACCAAUCAAACGAUCAUUUAAAAGAACUUUUGAUUCAAAUGACGAAGACCGCUUCGAAUUUGGAACCUUGUUUCUCCAGUGGUGAUUUGCACUCAAUCAUAAACGAUUUCCGUUCCAAAUGUGAAAGAGAACUCGAACAAAUGGAUGACGUGGACCACGAAUCCUUGUAUUAGCUAUAGUCACCGAUACAAUUUCAAUUGGAUUUGCUUGAAAAUAGAAUCGGUAAUCGAUUUGGCCUGGUCAAAAUGGAGCUUUCUUUUCCGUAACUUCUUUUCAUGUCAUUAUUGUUGUAAAGUUAGAACAAUAGUGUCAAUAGAUGGUGGUAACCAUCAGUCCAUCACAUUUAAAAUGAUAAAUCACCGAGGUUGUUCCGAGCAAUUUUUGCAUUGUAACUGUCAAUAAAAUUCCUUUCUGAUUUCGAAGGAUUUCCGGCUUUAACAGUCGAACGUCUGUGGAACGUAAGGAAUGCUUCAUCAAACCUGUUUAACUUACGUCUUAACUGCGUUAACCUUAAAAUCCUCGUAGUUGCCAGUAUUUUCUGGAAUUCAUUCGUCAAUGUUUUGAACAUGGUAUCUUUGUAUACGUGUUACAAAUAAAAAUUUAAAAAAUGAA